GAUAUGAACGUUGCCUAUUUUUAUAGGCGCAUAUGCGAACGCAAGCAAAAAUGGAAACAUUUUCCUACAUCCUUAUAAGGUAGCUCGCCACUUUUUUUUCUUUUUAACGAAAGGUUGUUUAAUAAAACAUGCUCGGGCUCUGCUAGUCUUAUCUCCAACUAGAAACCGGUUGCCAACGAUUGCAUCAUUCCUUUCAUGUGACUCCCUUACGCCCCAAAUUCGUCCUGGCCGUCUUAUGACUGCAUCACAUCUUCCUGCUCACACAAACUCGCGCAGAGCGAGACAACCAGCAAAGUCAUUAAGUCCCGCCCAGCGCGGCUGCUGAUUGGAUGUCUCUAAGCAGAAGAAUUUCCACCGCCUCGCGCGAUUGGUCCAAACUACCGACCAUCUCCUGUCAGUUUCCCAUAAUCUCUAUUAGGUUGCACCUUGAGAUCCUUCCCCCAGAGUUCGGUUGGAGUCACUCUAUAAAUGUCCCCGGGAGUUUCCGAAAUCCACACUCGGUGACUUCAACUGAACAAUGGUUAACAUGAGCUAUCACCAACCUCUACAAAAACACGCACAGACCCUGAAUCCAAAACAGCCGAGGAAAAGAAAUAAUAAAAAGAAAAGGAAUCAUUGGGACAAUUUACCGCCAACAACACACAUUCAAACUUGAUUGACAAGAGACUUUUGAGGUCUAGUGUGCUAGGUGUGGGAGCAUAUCGUAUUGUGUCUGUGGAUAGCGACUGAUUGGUGCGAUGACUGCGGAGUGGCUGUACCCCCCUGGCGUGGGGCCGCUGUGUGGUGCAGAGUUGGAGGCGUGGUAUGAAGACCUACAGGAUAUACUGGGCUCCGACGCGGGCGGGGCCAAACUCACAAGAGCCCCGCCUUGCUCCGAGAAGGAGCCCGAGUUUCUGGAUGUGUUGGAGAGCUGCUCGCUCACCUGGCUGACGGAGGGCCAGGUUUGGGGCGAUGGGGUGCAACGGGUCACCGACGAGCCGCCCGUCGUCCACUCGCCGCCGCGGCAGGACGAGCGCAGAGGAGGCGAGCCGGAGCACACCUCGUCCGGAGGAGACCUGCUUCCGCCCGAGUUCUUCGAGCUCCUCAGCGAAGGCGGCGUGGGAUCGGUGGAGACGAUGUACCACGUUUCGCAUCACGCGCCUCCUUCGCCGUCCGCCAGCGAAGAGGAGGAGCUCCCGACCGUCCCGGACACAUCGUCCUGCUCCUCAGCGUCCCGCUCGCCGUCUCCUCCCGUCUCCGCCGCUCGCCCGGGAAAGAGAAAACGAGGAGGCGAUAAAACAGCAGGAGGAGGAGGUGCGCCUUGCUCCCCGUCCCCUGGGAAGAAGAGCCGACGCGAGCGAGAGCAGGAGAACGAGAGGAAAGUGCAGGAGCUGACGGAUCAGAACGAGCGGCUCAAAGCCGAGAUCGAGCGGCUGGGAGAGGAGGUGCAGCGGACGCGCCGGGCGCUCAUCGAGAGACUCGUCAACACCAGGAGGUGAAGGAGGAGCCCAGGGGCCAAAGGGAUUGGCGGUGACCGUGAAAUGCACGUAUAGAGGGAGAUAAAAGACACGUGAGACAGAGAGGAGGUUCGCUGAGCGACUCCCGCCGAGAGAGAAAGAGAAAGUCAGACUGAGACGAAGAAAAGAAAAGAGUGUGGGGCCAACUCGGCCCGAAUGCAAAGCACAGAAGAAGAAAUUCGGUUUUCGUAAAGUACAUUUAAAUCAGCAGCAUUUAAAGGCAAAUGCUACAAUGGAUGAAUGAUACAAUUUAACAAAUGAUAAAAAUUAUUUUUCAUAAAGAAAAUGAAGCAGAAUUCUAUUUUUUUUGCAGUAAAUUAAAUAUGACUAAUGCAAUUUUUUUUAAACAUUCAAAGCAGCAUAAAGGCAAAUGCUACAAUGCAUAAAUGUUACAAUUUGACAAAUUACAAAUCAAUCGAAGAAUGAGCAAUCAAAUAAAAAAAAAGAUUAAGAUUUUGAAGCAAAUUAAAACGACUAAUGCAAUUUUUUCAACAUUAAAAUCAGCGUAUAAAUGUAACAAUUGAACAAAUUACAUUACAAAUAAAUUUAAAAAUAAAAUUUGCAUUACGGCAAUAAAAAAAGUAUCGAAAGCAAAUACGAAAAUUAGAUUUUUCGUAAAGAAAAUGAAGCCUAAUUUAAGCAAAAAUCUGAAAUGAUUAAUGGAUUUUAAAAAAAAGCUAAUACUACUAUUUAUUUGUAAUAUCAUUUGUUAAAUUGUAACAUUAAUUCGUUACAAUUUAAAUGACAUUAUAAAAAAAAAGUCAAUCUAUCAAAAACAAAUAAGAAACCUGAUUUUUCACAAAGAAAAUGAAGCCUAAUUUAAGGGAAAAUCCUGUUAUUAAAUCCUAUUUGCAUUAAAAAGCAUUUAAAUCAGCAUAAAUCAAAUGCAAAUACUGCUCUGCUGUAUAAAUGCUACAAUGUAAUGCAUGACAUUACAAAUAGAUUAAAGAAUAAAUUGCAUCAAUAAAAAUAUCAAAAGCAAGUAAGAAAUAACCAAUUAAGAGAAUGAAGCUUUAUGCAGUAAAUUAAAAUGACUUUAAAGCAUUGUUUUAAGCCAGCAAAAAUGAAAGAUGCUAAAACAAGUUCUACUGUGUACUACUAAAGUUAAAGAAUGACAUAUUUUGCAUUACACUAAUCAAAUUGCAGCAUGUCAUUAAAAAAAAAAAAUCAUAAUGGAAAAAAUGUAAUGCUACUAAAACCGCCUUUUUUCUUUUGCAUUCGGGAGUUUUUUGGCCGGUUUUGUGAGAUUGGCCCGAUAAUAGCGCUGUAAUGCUCGGUUUACGCACCAACGUUUAUUAAACUACCCAAAGGUUAAUCAACUUUCUGUGUAAUUGAAAGCUGAUUGUUCAUCAGUGCCGAGGAGUCUUGAGGGAAUGUAGCAGAGACGAUGAGAGAAAAGGCAGAACUGCAAUAAUAAAGAGAGAAGAAGAAACCUGAUUGUAUCAGUGACGGUGAUUGUAGGUGCAUUUCAUUGUAACCAGCCUGUUUUAAUUCAUGUCAUGUGUUAACGAAGGGCUUUAACCGUGGAAAUUCACUCCUAGUUGACAGAAAUUAGUAGCUCAGGACUGUUAUAGUGAACGAUUGUGAGCGUUUCUCUCUGCAGCUCACCAUCAACCCGAGGCCUCUAAGAGUGUGUGUGUGUGUGUGUGUGUGUGUGUGUGUGUGUGUGUGAGAUGACGGGGAAAUUAUGAAUGGAUGUCCGUAGCGAUUUUGCUCUCACUUUCUUCUCUUGAAACUUUUCCAGAAUUUUUAGAGCUAGCGGUUUAUAACAUGCUCUCUGCCUCUGAUCAUGCCUAUUUUUCUAUAUGUGUAUCUCAUAAUCAUUACACGUCAUCAUUUACCUUAUAUUGUAGUUUCCUAAUCUUACAAUAAACUUGCAUGCCGAAUUACUGUAUUAGAGUAGAAACAUUUUUAUCUGAAUUUUAUUUAGCCUUACUUAAUACGGAAUUGUAUUACACUCAUUUUGUUAUUAAAAUUUUCAAAUGAA